AUGCUUGGACAGGAAUCGCUGCUUGCAGUGCAGUUUCUCGCUAUUCUCCUCUUUGAUAGUCCUCUAUCAGAGGCUUGUGCACCACUUCCGUCUGGACAAGAAAAAAUCAUGGAAUUCCAACUAAGCGGUUUUUCUCUACCAGAGGAAAUGGUAUACUCCACAAAUGGUAACGCACAAGGGAUCGCAUCUAAUAUGGCGCUGACUAAGGAACGAGCUCGAAAGAAAAUCGAUGGUUACAUCAAACAAAAAAUGCUCUCUGCAAUGAGGGAGCAGAUGGCUGAUGAAAGGCUUUCAAAGGAAGACCAGUCAAAGGUUAAGAAGCAAAUACAAUUCAUGCAGUCUACUUACGAUCCACUGCAGUGCAACGAUGCCAGAUCUCUCACCAGUGAAACUAGUAAAACUGUCGAGUUCGAUUCGGAGAGUAGCGGAAACGCAUACAAUUGCGUUGUGACUCAAGGCGAGGUAAUCAAGGUUUGCAAGAGCACGAAGUGCGGCGAACGCAGUGAAGCUUCCAGUUCCGACAAAACAUCAAUUGCAAAAUUGCAGCAAAUCCCCGGAAAGUUCACAACUUACGACGUAAAGAUCAAGAUUCGUAAUGCACGUGUUGCAAACUGGGACGAUUCAAAAUGGGAACAGUUCCUCGACCAAGUCAAGGAAAACCUGGGAAAAGGCAGAUACAGCGAUCAAUUCGGUGGCGCAACAAUCGAAACUAUCGAAAGCUAUUAUUCAUAG